AUGAGGAGGACUCUGCUGCUACUGGCCUCUCUGGCCUUUGCUUCCCUGACUUCUGUGGCUGAUGGAGCUCCGUUGAAAGUGAUGUCUGCUCCCAAUGUUUUCCGGGUGGGAGCCGCAGAAAACAUCUUUGUGGAGUGUCAAGACUGCACUGGAGGAGAUUUUAGGGUUGAUAUCAAUGUGAUGAACCAUCCAAACAAAAUCAAAUUGAUGGCAAAAACAAUUGUGACCCUUAGCAGAGUAAAUAACUUCCAGCAGUUUGGGAAAAUAAAGAUCCCUGCAGGAGACUUCAAUAAAGAUCCCAGUGUGAAGCAGUAUGUAUAUCUACAAGCUCAGUUCCCUGACUGUCUGCUGGAGAAAGUCGUCAUGGUUUCCUUCCAGUCUGGUUACAUCUUCAUUCAGACUGACAAGACCCUUUAUACACCCAAUAGCAGAGUUUUAUUCAGGGUGUUUGCACUCACAACCCAAAUGGAGCCUGUAGAGAUGACUGAAGAAACCCAAACUGAUACUUCCAUUACCAUUAACUUUGUGACACCUGAAGGCAUAAUUUUACCACUUGGUCAAAUCGCUCUACAUCUAGGUCUCUACUCUGGAAAUUUCCAUCUUGAUGAAACUGUUAGUUCUGGACUGUGGAAAGUGGUGGCAAAAUUCCACAGCAACCCACAGCAAAAAUAUUCUGCAGAAUUUGAGGUCAAAGAGUAUGUUCUUCCCAGUUUUGAGGUGAAAUUGACACAAUUAACACAGUUCUUCCACGUGAACAGCAGAGAUUUCACCGUCAGAAUCAAAGCUAC